CUGUCAUUUCAGUAAACUAAAAGAACUGUAUCUAAACUGAUAUUUCUUUUUCUUUUAAAAAAUCAGCAAAAUGUGAAAUUUGGAAACUAAAAAUGUGAAGAAAAAAAACAUCCUGUUGUUACUGUUGUGAAAUGACUGCAGCUGUUGAAACAAACAGGAUGGAUGACCUCCAGUGGCCAAAGGCUCUAAAUAAAGUCAUCACACAGAGAUGGAGUCAGUUAAAGAACACUCUUGUCAUGAAAGACUUCGUGGACUAUCUUAUCCAAAAGCGGGUAGUUACCCUUGAUUACUGGAUGGGUCUUAAAUCCAAACCAAUCUCUGAGUCCGAGCGUACAGAGGAUUUCCUAGCCCUUGUGAUGAAGUUUGACAAGCAGAAAUACAAUCAUUUCAUGGAAGCAUUACUUUCUAUCAACAGACAUGACCUUGUAAAAAGCCUUGUAAAAGUAGACAAAGUCAACUCAAAGAAACCAAAAGAUGUAGAAAAUGAAGAUAAGCAACCAAUGACCAAGAAGGUCAGUGUAACAAUAGAAAGAAGUAAGAAAUUAAAGGAGGCUGACAAUGACAAGAACUAUAAAGGUCAAACUGAUGCUGAUCAAAUGCCAAGUGAAAGUGCAAGUACCUCCAGUGGAACAAGCAGUGGAAGUCUGGAAUCAAAAGCUGAGAAGGUGGAGAGGCAAAAGCCAACAUCAAACAGACAGGCUGAAAGUACAAACAACUUAUACAAAGGGAUAGGAAAUGCAGAUAUGCCCGAUACUGCAGAUGACAAGAAGGAACACUUGACUAGUACCAAACCAAAGAAGACAGCGGAGUUUAAGGAAAUGGAGAAAACAGAACAGGUCAAAGACAAUGAGAAGCCAGAAAGUACAAAGAAAGAAAAUAGUGAAAGACCUGGAACUGCAAAGAGCCGAGAAGAAAUUCUCGAAGAACGGGAAAACUUACUAAAUUCCAGGGAAUCCGAACUUAGCAAAAAGGAAACAGAACUUAAAGAGCAAGAGAAAAGCCUAAUGGAGAAAGAAUCUGCACUUUUAACAAGAGAAAACAGUCUCCUGACAAACCAAACAAAACUAAAUGAAAUGGAGCCACUGUCACUGCCAGCACAACUGCAACAUUUAAGGCAAGCUGACUCUAAUUCACCAACAGCUUCAACUACAGCCUCAUCAGAACUGCUUGCAGAUGUUAGGGAACAGCUUAAAGCAAUGAAGAAAGUUAGAGAAGAGAUUGAAUCAGAGCAUACUACCAACUGUAGCACACCAAAAGAAGAAUUUGCCAGACUGCAAGAUUUUCAUAAUGUGCAACAGAACAUAGAUGAACUGAAAGAAGAGAUUGCAACCGACAGAGAAAGUAGAGGAAAUAUUCAGAGGAAAGUUGAAGAUUUAAAACAUGAAAUAGAAACUCUUCAUACAAAAAUCAAAACAAUGGAGGCAGAAAAAGAAAUCAAAAAUGUUGAUGUGGAUAGGGAAAUUAACAGGUUAAAAACUGAACUGAAGACUUCUCAGUCAAAUUACAGAGAGGGUAUCAACAGAAUAAAGAUGCAAAUGAAAUCAAAAGAUAAGGAAAUGACUGACUUAAAGGAGACUGUUGAAAAGGCUAAGGAGCACUCUAAGGAUCUUGAGAAAAGAAUUGAGAUUUUGGAGAUUGACAAGAGAAAAUAUGAGAUAGAACUGCAGAGAUAUGAGAUAGAAGUUUCAAAUCUGAGGAAAACUCUAGAGCAAAAAGAAACCGAACUUUCAGAUUUGAGAAAUUUACUGGAACAGACAGAAAAUGAAAAAGAAGAACUAAUUGAUGAACUAGCAGACCUUAAAACUGAAGUUAACAAACUGAAGGCAGACAAGAAAAAACUUGAAGCCGAGAAAAAGACAUUGCUGGGAAGAUGUGUAAAGCCACAAUGGAACCAGAGCCCAACCGGUUCCAUCAGAAAAAAUUCAUUCAAAUGAUAUACAAGUAAUGUUUAUCAUCAACAAGAAUGCCAAAACACAGUGUCCUACUUUAUUUGUUUUAUACAUGUACUAUUCUUAAUACUCCUAAUGAAGACUUUAUUCAUCAAUCUAUGUCCUGUUACAAUCUAACUUUCUGGUACUUCUUUAUGAAUUUUGAUCUCACCAUUCAUGUAUAAUUAUGUACAUCAAGAAAAAAACUGCUACAUAAUUGUUUUUAUCAAGUGCACUAUACAGUGGUAAUGGUAUGUAAUUACAUUGGAGGCACAUAUGAGCCAUGCCAUGGGAAAACCAACAUAAUGGGUUUGCGACCAGCAAG